AUGGCGGCGGGUGCGGGCGGGGCGGCGCCGCUGAGGCUGAAGGAUCUACUGGAGCUGGACUGCGACUCGUGCAGCGCCGCGGGCUUCCGCUGCUACCCGCGCCGCCUGCUGGGCGAGUCGUCGCCGCCGGCGAUGCGGCACCUCCUCGACUCGCCGUCCUUGUCCCUACAGCGGCGCCGCCCGAGCAAGCUGUCCACCAUCUCGAGGAGCCUCUCGCGCCGGCUCGGCAGCAGGGGCGGCUUAUUCUGGCGUCGCCGCAGCGAGGACGAGGAAGACGAUGCCGCGGCCGCGCCGAGCGGCAGCGGCUCGGAGUCUGGGUCCUCGUCGACGGAGACGACGACGAGCGACAACUCCUCGUCGGCCGGAAGGAGGGGGUCGCAGUGCGAGUCGGACUCGGACUUCUCGACGGCGACCUCCGCCUCGGACAGCAUGGACGCCGCCGCCGCCGGAGAUGAGCCCGAGGCCAUGAAGAGGGGGUCCAGGUCCAGCUCGGGGACGUUGGAGGCGGACGACAAGGAGGAGCAGCAGCAGCUCAGCCCGGUGGCCGUCAUGGACUUCCCCUCCGACGACGACGGCGACGCGGACGACGCCGGCGCCUGCUCGCCGUCCUUCAGCCUCGCGCGCCUCCAGAGGAGAAAGAUGCUGCGGCCGCAGCACAAGAUCCGACGGCUCGGGAGCACCCAAGAGCUGGGCCCCGUGGACCUUGAGGCGCGCCUCGCCGCCCCGUCAGACACCGACGACCUCGCCGGCGAUGUCCCGGCGCAGCUGGUUAUCCAAUGCCACACCAAAGACGCGGCGGCGGCGCCACGCCCGAUCAGGAGCCACCGCGGCGCCGGCGUCGUCCGCCGCGAGCCGGACGAACACGCCCUUCUCGAGCUGCUGCUCAUGGACGCCGGCGCGGACCACGUCUCGGAGCGGCUUCUGCUCGACUUCUUCGUCGAGAUGAAACGACGGCGAAAGGCCGAACGGUGGGGAGACGGUGAGAUCCUGGCGGCGGCGAGGGGCUGGUUGGACGGCGCGGGGAGCGAGCGAUGGGGCCUGAACGACGUGCUGCGCGGCGGGGAGGCCGUCCUGGCGGAGAUGGAGCGGGCCCGGCGGUGGAUGCGUGCCGGCGAGGAGGAGCGGGAGGUCGGCGCUGUGGUGGCGGGGAUGCUGGCCGACCGGCUGCUGGAUGAGGUGGUCUGGGAUUUGCUGCUUGUGUAGGUUUGUUUCAUUGGUUUUGAACUUGGAUGUAAGUAAUGUUGAAUGAAAUCUCGAGCAUGCUGCAAAUGGUGAACUUGCUUUGCAGAUUGCAUGGCCUCUUACGUUUAGGGAUGGUAAUGGGCUGCCAAGAUUACCGAAACUACUGAACUAUCCAUCCUCCGGAGGAGAGUAUUGCUGGGAGCUGCAUAACCGCUAUGUUCAGAAACCGGCAAAAUGAA